AUGGGGGAGGGGUAUCAUAACUUUCAUCAUGAGUUUCCGUCUGAUUACCGGAAUGCGAUUGCCUGGUACCAGUACGAUCCUACGAAGUGGCUUAUUUGGAUCAUGUCGAAGAUCCCGGUCUUUCCUCUAACAUACGACUUGAAGACUUUCCGCUCGAAUGAGAUUGAGAAAGGUAGACUCCAGCAGCAACAAAAGGCUCUCGACAAGAAGCGAUCGAUGCUCGAUUGGGGUGUGCCACUCGCUCAGUUGCCGGUGAUUAGUUGGGACGAUUUCCAGACUCAGGCUUCAGCCAAGGGUGCUGCUUUGGUCGCUAUUGCUGGAGUGAUUCAUGACGUUUCGCCGUUUAUCGCUGACCACCCUGGCGGCAAGACGCUGAUUAAAAGUGCGAUUGGGAAGGACGCUACUGCGGUGUUCAACGGUGGUGUAUAUGAACAUUCGAACGCGGCACAUAAUUUGCUGUCGACAAUGCGUGUUGGCAUAUUGCGAGGCGGACAGGAAGUUGAAGUUUGGAAAACAGGUGGCGAGAAAGACACCAGAGACACCAAAGGUCUCGGUGUUGUCAGGGCUGGUGAUCAGAUCACCAGGGUAGCUGCCCCAGCUACGGCAGCCACAGCAGCCUGA